AUGUCCGCCAGCACUACCUCUCCCCCCACCACCAAUCGUGGUUCGCCACCUCGAGGCAAGCAAACCAGCAAGCCUACAACCUCAUACAGCAGCGAUGAUACUAGCGAUGAUGAGAGCGACGCAGACGACACCCCUGUAUCGCCAGUACACAUCACGUACUUUGAAGAGAUCGAACAGCCAGAACCAUGCCGAAGAUCCACCAGCUCCUUCGACCACAGAGAUGAAGUUGAUGUCCACCAAAAGGUCAGACACGACGAGCAAUCAGGUGGCGCGGAUUUCAAAGAGCAGGUCACUCGACCGGUUGUAGCCAGCAGCGGUGGAGGAGGACACGAGAACUACUUGGAAGAGUUUCCUCUUUCACGCUUCCCACAUGAGCUCUUCAUACUGAACAGCAAGCGUUAUUGGAAAGGCUUGGAACCUCAAUACUUGAUCACAACAAAGCUUUGCACACUGUCGUGGGACUACCAUGUGAACUUCAAGCAUUCCGUGGACAAAGUCGUAUCAGCGGACACUAUUCUUUACUGCGUCGUGUGUAAAUCACAUCAGCAUAUCUGUUUAGGACCCUGGGAUAUCACCGACUACAUCCAUGCCAUCUCUCGAAGCUAUCGGUCGAUCUGCAACUCGUGCUCCGUGGGCGAUGUUCAGGGCAAAUACGCGCGCUCUUGGCUCGACGGCGUGAAGUCCUUUUACAAGGAAUUGGAGGCUGUCGGAGGCGAUGUGAACGCCAUGGAGAUCGAAGAAGAGGUAGACGAUGAGGAAUCGGCUGACGGAGGCGAGGAUGGAGACGAAGACGAAGAGGAGGAAGAAGAGGACGACGACGACGAGGAGAACGACGAGGACGGAGGCUUGGCUGACUGGUCGGGCCGUAUUGGAGGUCUUGCGAUGGUGGAAGAAAACAUCAUCAUUGAGCACGCGAAAGAUGGUGAUUUAGCUGAGGAACACGAGGACGAAGAUGACGAUGAAGAAGAGGAGGAGGACGGGGAGGAGGAGGAGGAUGGAGCCUUGGUUGAAUGGUCCGAUCGCAACAAAGAUCUCGCGAUGGUGCCAGCCCUCGACCAGUCCUUCACAAGCGACGUGCGCGGGCUAUUUGACGGGUUUGGCCUUGGAAGUGGUGCGCGUUCUGAUGUGGCUACUGCUGGAACCACUGGCCGGAAGAGGAAGAGUGAGGCGCAAAUGCAGCCAGAGACUCCAAGUGCCAAGCUGUUGAUGCGUUUCCCAGAUCUUCGGGGAUGA